GCACGCAGUGUGUGCCAUAUUUCUCUUUCUCGCCGUCGGAAACUCAUCGAAGGCUUCGUUUGUAAGAUGUCUUCCAAAAGCUACCUCCUGGGCCACUUUGAAGCCCUUGACUGGCGUCCCUUGCAGUUUGUGGAUCUCCCGUCGACGAUAUCGUGUGACUUAUGCGCCGUCAUUCCGGAGAAGAUCUUCAGGCUCGAAUGUUACCAUUCCCUUUGUGAGGGAUGUUACCAGAGCGUUCUUCGAAGCAACCGAGGUUGUCCGCUCGACAAGCGAGAGUUACUCCAAAGCGAAGUCAUUAUUUUACCAAUUAGGACGACGUAUCUGCAGAAACUAGAGGCUCACUGUUUCAACUUCAACCAUGGAUGUAGUUUCGUUGGGUCGCUGGAACGAUUGAAAUCUCACUUCUUGAAGGACUGUGAGUUUCACGCGUUAUGUUGUAAGAAGUGUUGUGCCACGGUGCUCCGUAAAGACGUCGUGAACCAUUACAUGGAAGGACAGUGCGGGGAAGAAAAUAGACCGAGGGAAGAUGUUGAUAUUGACAGCAGUGUCGUUGAGAUUGGCAAAGAGAUCAACGCCUCACUAGUAAAUCUGGACGAAAAGCUAUGCGCUAUUGAACACCACCUAAACAGACAUACUGUGGAGAUCGACACUACGAAAGAGUUUGUUGUGAAUUAUGCGCAGGUACUCCGCACGAUUCAAGAGGAACAUAGGCUCUCCACAAAGGGUGUAUCAAACAUGGCCAGUAGCCUGCACAGUGUUACGGAAGCGUUGUCUUCGGUUGAAGGGCAAAAUAACAACCAAGUUGUAAGUGCCGCCGAAAUCAAGAACACCGUCACUUUCAACCUGGAGAGGCUAACUACUCUUGUGGAAUUGCAAAAAGAAGUGGCUCAGAACGUAGUCAGAUCGGUUGAAGGGUGGAAACAAUGCUCCGAAAAACUUGAAGCGAUGUCGAAACGCACACAAAAUCAUUUGUCGUCGCCCGACGACAAAGUGAGUAGCGCGAGAAAUAUGCCCAGAUUUCCACAGGCUCCCAUAGGAUACGGAGGCAAUGUUGCUUUUUUCCAUGUUCAAGACGUCGACAAGCUUGAGAAGGAGGCAAAGGAGGUAUCGCUCGUCAACACUUCUUCUGACGUUUUCGUCUUGCGUGGCUAUUCUGUAACGUUAAGUGUUGGGUUCAAACAAUAUGAUAGCGUCAUACACAUAGGUGUCUUCCUGCAUAUUUGUCGUGGCCCCAAAGACUCCCUCUUGAAAUGGCCCUUCUUCUUGCCUUAUACUCUUAUUUUGGUUCAUCCAACUGAUCAGACAAAGAAUAUCGACAAGCAUAUCGAUGUCCCAAAGGGGUUUCAGGAACACCCCGAGAGUUUCAAUAGGCCAGUCGCAAGUUACAAUCUCGGCUACGGCUGGCCUAAGUUUUGCAAACUGGAAGAUGCACGAAAUGGUAGCUUCGUUCACGAGAACGCAAUCACUGUUGCCGUUACCCUUAUGGAAGGAUGUUGAUAAUCCGUAGGUUUAACUAUAUAUCGUUGGUCACAUAUAUCAGGCCGUGCGAAGAACGGCGCCCUAGCCUGUGUCACGAAGAGGAUAUUAUCAUCCUACAUGUCGCAGGUACAUCAGCCAUGAUCAGCUAGGUCUACGUCAACUCAUUAUCUUUUUAUUUCUAUCCUGAACGAUCAAUUACUCUUUCGUCCAGUGCAGUUUGUACUUGCCAGUAAUAAAAAUCUGGUUGUUAUGCA